UUUUGAAAGUCGAAGUGAAAGGAUCAAAUAUUUUUUGUGAGCAUUUAAAAAAUGGAGUAUUGGAAGAUUUUGAUUUUAACUUACAUUGGUGUCGCGUUGAUUGAAGGAAUUCCGACAGGAAAUGACAUUAAUGACAAGAAAUCUGUAAACAUGGUCAAGCUAUCAAUCUAUGACCAAGAAAAUGCAUAUCAUGAUGAUAUUCAGCCCAGAGCAGGUCCAAUUGCUAGCUUUUUUGCAAAUCGGAGGACAUCAACAGUACAACCGCAAGUAGUAACAACUGUGUCGCCAGGAUCACUUGCCGAUCUCAACUUGAAAAUGGAUGCAAUGAAGAAUCAGUUGACGGCUUUAAAUCUGCAAAUUGUGGAUGAAGAGAAAAAAGUUGUGGAUUUGACAACUCAAAUGCAGGAUAUUAAUAAUCAAUUGACUGUCUUGACAAGCUUACUCUCUCCCUAAAAAAUAAAUGUAAAAUAUCUGCAAGAAUAAAAAACAAUAAAGUUUUUGGAAAUUU